AUGGCCACCAAUUUCGAUUUUGGCCUCAACGGCGAAGCAAUGCCGCAAGAAUUCUCAGGGAUUCUUUUAGAGGACUUCAAUGCAUCGGAAGAUUUCGAUUAUGGUACUGGACGAUCGGAACUGGAAACUAGCGCUCUCGAUCCAUCAGCAUCAUCUAUACCUUCAUGGCUCUUACCCUCCACCAGUUCCUAUUCGUACACCCAGCCUUCAUUGCCUUACAAUGAUACACCUACCGUGCCUUCGAUUACCACAGAUCAUGCGAAUCCAUCUAUGGUUAAGCCUAUGUUACCUCCAUCGAAGGUCCCUGCUAGACCUGCUCCCAAGGAACACUCUGCAGAAGAGUGGGAGCGCCAGAGAAUAAAUUUCACUCAACUCUACACGACUGAAGACAAGCAUCUCAAUGAGGUGAUGAAAAUUAUGGAAAAUGAAUAUGGAUUCCGUGCAACGCUACGACAAUACAAGCGACGAAUUGAACAAUGGAAGUUGGUUAAGAACAUUAAGGAAAAUGACAUGAGAGUUAUUCUACGCAAAGACUUGAAGAGGAAACGCGAAGGAAAGAACAGCGAGUUCCGCAUUAAUGGCCGGGAAGUUGAACCAAAGAAGAUUCAACGCUUCGCGCAGAGAUAUAAAGUAACCGAGGAGUCAAUCCUUGAGUUUAAUGUUGAAACUCCUUGUUAUAUUGAUUGCGAUACCCCAGCACCGAUAAUUGAGGAUGAAGACAUACAGCAUCAUAUAAUAGGAGAAGUCAACAUACCAGACUCAAUAAUACUUUCUCCACCAGCGGUCGAGUCAGACCAAGACCGAGAGAUUCGGAUAGUCGAUACUAGGAAAACAGUUCUGAAUGAGUUCAUUCGAAAACUUGGUGCUGCCAUUCCCAUCGAUUCUACAUUCGACCUCUCUGUAUUCAAGUAUCCUCUUGAAAUAGAUGAUCUUUCAGACAUGAAGUUUGAAAAUUGA